UUUCGCUAGUUACUGGCUACCUUCACCAUGGGUGUUUUCACCUCUUUGUUGGUUUCUGAUGAAAAGUUUGUCCGUUUAUCGCGUUUGUUUUUGAAAUAAAUAAUCUUAGACGUGUCUAAAAUAUUAUACGGAGUGUGUUCAUUUCGUAAUUAUAUUUUUUGAUGACAGAUUGGGUGUGUGUUUUAUUUUUCGCUGAUUUCAAUAUCGCACAUGUGAAAAUUAAGAUUUUGACGGAUCUGAUUUAAUGCAAUGGCGACGUUACUUUCCAUUAUAUCGUCUACGUUUCUUUUUACCAUUGAUUAUUAUUGUGCUUCUAAAAAUUUUUGCAAUUAUGCAAUAUCAGUGCUAAAAAAUCAACAAUAGAAAAGGAAUGAUCUUCUUCUGGUUAAACUAAAUGCCAAUUUUUAGUUGAGUGCAAGAUCUUAAGUCUGACGAAAUUGUAUUUGUAAGACUUAAUUUUUUUAAUGAGUGUCAGAUGUUUGAAAUUGAACUAGAAGUGGGGAUUGGAAGGAGUGCAAGUGGUCAAAGGAACGAUCGGCGUCGGGCGGAGUCGACGGCCGUCACAGUCGAUAUCCAUGCAAAAGGAUCAAACAUAAAAUAUUGGAAGAACAUUUGCAAAAAGAAUUUUUAUAUUUCAUGACUCAGUGACAGUGAAUUUGAAUUGGACAAAUUUGAAACUACAUACAAAAAAUGGGUAAUUGUUUCAGCAGUCCAACAGAUACAGAGAAAGAAAAGCCUGAUAGAAUAGGCAAUCCAAAUAUAGAGGCAGUUGCAUCUCAAGCUAGUCCAGUGCCAACACCACCUCCAGAUCCUAUCAGGCCUAUGCCACAAAUUCCAGAUGCGGAUGUGCCAACUGCAAAAAUUUUUGUUGCACUUUAUGAUUAUGAUGCACGUACAGAUGAAGAUUUAAGUUUCAGAAAAGGUGAACAUUUAGAAAUUUUAAAUGAUACUCAAGGAGAUUGGUGGUUAGCUAGAAGUAAAAGAACUCGACAAGAAGGAUAUAUUCCCAGCAAUUAUGUUGCAAAAUUAAAGUCUAUAGAAGCAGAACCAUGGUAUUUUAGAAAAAUUAAACGAAUUGAAGCAGAGAAGAAAUUAUUACUUCCUGAAAAUGAUCAUGGUGCAUUUUUAAUCAGAGAUUCUGAAAGCCGACACAAUGAUUAUUCUCUUUCAGUACGUGAUGGUGAUACAGUUAAACAUUACCGUAUUAGACAAUUAGAUGAAGGUGGUUUCUUUAUAGCCAGAAGAACUACAUUUAGGAAUCUUCAAGAUCUUGUUGAACAUUACAGUAAAGAUGCUGAUGGAUUAUGUGUAAAUCUCUGCAAGCCCUGUGUACAGGUUGAGAAACCUGUAACUGAGGGUCUUAGUCAUCGCACACGAGAUCAAUGGGAAAUUGACCGUUCUUCUCUCAAAUUUGUAAGAAAAUUAGGCCAAGGUCAAUUUGGAGAAGUGUGGGAAGGAUCAUGGAAUAAUACAACUGCAGUGGCAAUAAAAACACUCAAACCAGGAACUAUGGAUCCUAAAGAUUUCUUGGCAGAAGCACAAAUCAUGAAGAAACUUCGUCAUGCAAAAUUAAUUCAAUUAUAUGCUGUAUGCACUUUAGAAGAACCCAUUUAUAUUAUCACAGAAUUGAUGAGGAAUGGUAGCUUGUUAGAAUAUUUGCAAGGAAAAGGAAAAACAUUAAAUCUACAACGAUUAAUUGAUAUGGCUGCACAAAUUGCAGCAGGUAUGGCUUAUCUUGAAUCACAAAAUUAUAUUCAUAGGGAUUUAGCUGCUCGUAAUGUAUUGGUAGCAGAAUUAAAUGUCGUGAAGAUAGCAGAUUUUGGUUUAGCUAGACUAAUUAAAGAAGAUGAAUAUGAAGCCCGAAUAGGUGCACGCUUUCCAAUUAAAUGGACUGCACCUGAAGCUGCAAAUUAUAGUAAAUUCAGUAUUAAAUCUGAUGUAUGGUCAUUUGGUAUUCUUCUUACUGAAUUGGUUACUUAUGGAAGAAUACCAUAUCCUGGUAUGACAAAUGCAGAAGUUCUUCAUCAAGUAGAACAUGGCUACAGAAUGCCAUGUCCACCUGGUUGUCCAACUGCAUUGUAUGAUAUUAUGUUAGAAUGUUGGAAUAAAGAUCCAAUGAAGAGGCCAACUUUUGAAACAUUGCAAUGGAAAUUGGAAGAUUUCUUCACUAUGGAAGGUUCUGAAUAUAAGGAAGCAUCUGCAUAUUAAAGUACUAAAACAUUU